AUGGGCUCCAUGUCCGCUCACGGCAGCGAGGCUGAGCACGAAUCAAUUUUCAAAGUCGCUAUCCUUCAUGGAAAGGGAAGAGGUCUCGUUGCAACGGAUCCCAUAGCGUUCGGGACAACCAUCUUCACAGAAGUGCCCUAUCUCAAGCUCGAGGACAACUUCGCGAAACUCAACCCCCCGGCUGCCAACGCGCUUCUGGGCCAGCAGCUGCGUGACCUUGACAAAGGAGACCAAAGAAACUUCCUCCAACUUCGGAAUCUCUUCCCGGGGCUGAAUCCGCUCCUUGGCACGUUUUGCAGCAACGCCCUGCAGAUUCACGACUGCAUGCACGCCGUCUUCAGGCAUACGACGCUGAUCAACCACGACUGUAUCCCCAACGCAAGAUACUUCUGGGACAAGGAUGUCGGACGCCAGGUCGUUCGAUCCCUGCGAAGAAUCGACAUGGGCGAAGAACUCACGGUGGCGUAUAUCAUGCGAGGAACGCGCGCAGAGCGACAAGAAAUAUUCAAGACGCGCUAUGGAUUCGAGUGCACAUGCGCGCUGUGCUCGGCACCUGACGAAAUUGUCGAGCAGAGCGACGCAAGGCAGGAGAUAAUCAGGAAACACGACGCACUUGUAGACUCCGACCGCGUCAAGACCAACCCUGUCGCCUGCAUGAAAUCCUGUCGACAUCUGGCAUACGCCGUCAAGCAGGAGUACAAGGCAGACAAGGGACAGAGCCGCCUGUAUCAGCCGUUUGAAGAGGCGAUGAACACGUGCGGUCGGCACGGUGAUCGGGCUCGGGUCGUCAUGUUCGCCAAGCUGGCCGUGGCCAGUCUGCAGCUGUGCUUUGGGUACGACCACAAAAGGACCUCACGGGUCAGGAGAUUGGCGAUGCAUCCGGAUACCAUGGAGGGCUUCGGGACGCAUAGCAUGGAUUGGGAGACUUGGGCGCACGAGAUACCUGAAAACCUCGGGGGAAGCCAAUUUGAUGAGUGGCUGUGGAGAGCUGGAGAGUGGGCUGUGCCUGUGACGGUGCAGAUGGACGACGAGGAGUGGAUUGCAACUUGCAAAAGGCUGUUUUUGAAGGAGGAAUUGGCUCCAGAUGCGGAUGACAGCGAUGCUUGA